AUGCGCUACAAUCGUGUUCAGAGGAUGAUAUUGGCUCAGAUUGAAGAGUGGUAUCAGACCAUCUGCAAAACUUCAAAGUACAAGCUGGAUUUCGGGUAUAUUAGAGACAUGCAUCGUUUGUUGUUGAAUAAGGGAUAUGUUUUCCCCGAAGUGAAGGUUGAGGAUGCUGCGGUUUUGAAUCCAGCUGAUACCUUGAAAUCUUUGGAGGACAUUCAAAAGGAAGAAGCAAUUGUCCACAGUGCAAAGUUGCAAGAGUUGAUCCGAAGAGGAAAACCAGAAGACUUGCAGGAGGCCAACAAGUUGAUGAAAAUCAUGGCUGGCUUCAAAGACGAUAAUGUUCAAGAGAACAAAAAACAGGUUAACGAUGAUGUUGCUAGAUUGAAGAGGAAAACCGAAAUUUUUGCCGAGAUGUUGAACAGUGUGGAAGCAGGUGGUGCCAAAAUUGACGAUUCGAAUGAGACCAUUUUUGACUUGUACGGUCUGAUCAAGAGUGCACAGCCUAGCGUCACCAAAAUUAUUGAAGAGGAGCACGAUAAUGAGGAAUAUGUGCAAGAUUUGUUGGCCUUGAAUGAUACUAUUAAUCAACUAACUCAAAAGUUCCAACUCAUCAAGAACGGUAAUAUUGAAGAAGCUUCAAAUAUCAAGGUUAGUGGCGGUGCUGCUGCUGCUUCUGCUGCUAAGGAGUUGAAUUUAAUUGACUUUGAUGAUGAUGAGCCUACUGAGUCGGGAGAAUCUAGCAAAGACCAGCAGGGUUAUAACGAUUUACUCAGUGACUUGUCAAACUUGACCUUUUCAGAGCCAGGUCCAGGGUCGUCCAACAAACAGACCAAUCCAUUGGACUUUUAUGGAUCUGGAGGUUCCAUUGCCCUUGGUGGUGGAGCUACAAACUCUUCUUUGUUUACUUCAAGUGGUGCUUCUGUUCAGCAACCCAAACCUUCGACUACUCAAAAUAGCGCAAACAAUUUUGACUUCUUAAGUGACCUCCAUUCGCCAUCUCCUCAACUUCAGUCUAACACAUCUACACAGCUUGAUCCCUUUGGUUUCGACUUUCCAACGUCUUCUCCUGCCCAGGUCCAAGCCUCAAGUGCUAAUGCUGCUGCUGUCGAUGUAAAGACACUUUUCGAGAGUGGAGAAACUAAGUUGGAGGUUGAAUCACUCACUGCGGCCAAUGCCGCUCUUUUCAAGGGAAAAUUCCUUGUGAGUAAUUUGCUGAGUUCCUUGUUGUCAGCAGCAAAGCUUCUGGUAGCUGUUCCGAAGGGUUGCAAGUUAGAUUUGCGUCCACAGAGUGGUAAUGUGAUACAACCGUUUGCAGCACGUGGAUUCAGCCAAGAAUUCUCAAUUGAAAAUCCGGUGAAUAAGGCAUUGAAGGUGAAGUGGAAGCUUGAGUAUUCUGCAAACGGUCAGGCUCACACAGAAACUGGAAUCAGCAAUUUGAGCGAAUAA